AUGUCUCAUGGUGCAGCCGCCACCCAGAACAUGGCCUUCAACAACGUGCGUCCCCAAAGACAUGCAUACGUGUAGUGUGUGUGUGCGGCGGACAGCCGCGCUAGACCGAGACCUCGCUAACAUGUUGCGGCAGCCACGAUCCCUCAACACCUUGGGCAAUGGCACAAUCAGUGACCAAAAGAGCACGAAUGCGAAUGGUUCCUUCAAUAACAAUCUGCGCGCGAGACCCAAUGCCUGGGGCUCUAGCAGCAUUUGGAGCGGCGGCAUCACCAACGGCUUGACCACCACUGCGGGGACGAGGGACACUUCGACGUCGCGUGACAGUGUACAGCAAUCGAGCAGUGAGUUCGAGGGCAAGACCGGCUCCGGUUCUCUCGUCGACUCGUCCGUCUCCGAGGACUAUUCCAACCACCGAUCGACGUGGGGUUCCAAACGAAGUGCUCCUCCAGUACGCUCCAUGUCGACCACGCAGUACGGCGACAGUCACUUACCGCAGCAGCGAAGCGUCAGUAACGCAGGACUGCCACAGAACUUCCCCGGCGCAAAUCAAAAUCUCGCGCCUUUCGCUUCACGCCCGCCCACAAUCAGCCUCAACUCGACCUCUUCUUCUACGCAACAGCCCAGGCAGAGCUUAGCUUCGACGUAUGGAAAUAGCUUUGCAAGUCAGAGUAGCGAGCAACCACCUUUCAACAUUUACACCAAAUUCAAUCGCCCUUCUGAACCUUCACGCAAGAUACCCGAUUCCGCCGUCGGCUCGUGGGCAGAGCCUGCCACCACGCCGUCUCCCAGCGACGAACGGCUACCGCAUUUUCCCAUUCAGACUAAUCGCUCUGGGAGCUUUCCGACUUCACGAGAGACCAGUCUCCCGCCGUCUCGUCAUGCCGAUCAACAGCCUAUGUUUUCCCGGCCGGAUUACUCACGGCCUUCUCAGCGCGCGACACCCACCAGCUCACGUGCACCAUCCAUCUCAUCUGCUCGCAAUGGGAUUUUCAACACUUACCUCAGCAACAAUGCUGACCAGAUGGCGGCUCAGCUCGGCCAUCUAAACCUCAAUGGCGAUGGAAGGCCGAGCACUUCUUACAAGCCGACUGCUACCAACAACGGAUAUUCGGGUCUGUACACGUCGUCACUUGUCAGACCAUCGCAGAACGCCUUUCCAAAUGGCAGCAUGGAUCAAGCUGAGGAUAUUGAAGAGAUAGAUCGUGCCAACAUGAGCUACCUGGGACUGGACGACUAUGCUCCUGCUCAGCAGCUCACAAACGGAUCCGGAUACUCGGGCGGAUCUUUCGCUGAGCGAUAUCUACAGUCGGGAAACACGUAUGAAUUCCGGCCGGGCCAGCCAUACACUGGUAGCGGAGUUUCCCCACGCCCGUACGACUUGCCGAAUGGCUCUCGAACGCCUUCGGAAUGGCAAGGUCAUCCGAACGGCUCGCUUUCUGUGAAUCGUCGAUCACCAGGUGUACCUGACCAGCAAGCUUACCUCGAUCCACGUGUUCAGCAAUUGAUGGCCGCCCAGUUACGCAACCAGUAUGCGGCAGCCAUGUACAGUCCCUAUGCCCUGAAUCCUCUUCAGCUGAAUGCAGCAUCGCCGUACAUGGGGCUGAUACCGAUGGGCUUUUCGGGGAUGGAGACUGCGCCCGCUUCGCGAGACGCACCCGUCGGCGAUGGUGUCCAAAGCGCACUCAUGUAUGAGUUCAAAUCCAACACCAAGACGAAGCGCUACGAGCUGCGCGAUAUCUACGAUCACAUUGCCGAGUUCAGCGGUGACCAACACGGCUCGCGCUUUAUCCAAACGAAGCUCGAGACCGCAAAUUCUGACGAGAAAGACCGAGUCUUUCGGGAAAUUGAGCCCAAUGCAAUUCCGCUCAUGACAGACGUCUUCGGCAAUUACGUUAUUCAGAAGUUCUUUGAGCACGGCGACCAGACACACAAGAAGAUCAUCGCCAACAAGAUGCGAGGGCAGGUACUCCAGCUCAGUCUCCAGAUGUAUGGCUGCAGAGUUGUCCAGAAGGCCUUGGAUCAUGUCCUCGUCGAUCAGCAAGCGCUGCUGAUUGGUGAGUUGGAAGGCCACGUCCUCAAGUGUGUCAAGGACCAGAACGGAAACCACGUCAUCCAGAAGGCGAUUGAGCGCUGCCCGUCCCCUACUAUUGGCUUCAUCAUUUCGGCCUUCCAAGGUCAGGUGCAGCAUCUCAGCAUCCAUCCGUAUGGCUGUCGAGUCAUUCAGCGCUGCCUGGAGAAGUGCGAUUUACCGUCAAAGGCUAUGAUCAUGUCAGAGUUGAUGGAAGGUAUUCAGACCAUGAUCUCCGACCAAUUCGGCAACUACGUCGUGCAACACAUCGUGUCUCAUGACGAUGGCGAGCCGAAGAGACGUGUUUUGGCGAUUGUCAUGCACAAUCUUGAGGGAUACAGCAAGCACAAAUUCGCGAGCAACGUCGUCGAGAAGUGUCUGGAGCGGUCGGAUGAUCACUGGAGACGACAAGUCGUGGCCACGCUCAAUCAGGCCACGAAGAGGAUUGAAGGAGAAGCUGUCCUUGUCGCGAUGAUCAGGGACAGCUUUGGCAACUAUGUCAUUCGUAAGUGCUCAUCCAUCAUACGAGAUUCUCGUGCUGACUAGCGGGCAGAGAAAUUGCUUGACACGCUCUCUUCCCAAGACUUCGCCUUCUUCCUAGAGAUACUGCAGCCGGCAGUCGCAUUGGCGAAGCGUGCAGGCUGCGGCAAACAAGUGCUCUCCAUUGAGAAGAAGAUGCAUCGAUUCGACACAUACCGCAAUGGCAGCAUAUCCGGCGGUCCAACAUUCAACCGACCAGGAUUUCAGCUGCCACUGCCGCCACCCUCAUUCGCCAGCAAUUACAACUCCGCGGCCAAUACACCGCCGCCUCUGACCGCUGACACACAAAGCCUACAGAGCUCGGGCAUUCCCAGUGUGAACGGUGACACGGUGGAAGGAGCCGCUGCCAGCCGCAAGUGCAGCGAGCACUCCACUGAUGCAGGAUUCCCUCGACAAUGA